AUGACGCCAGCCCGCGAGCUGUUCGCUGUUCGUGGGCAGAUGGCCAUGGUUAAGAGCUGUCAGCAGAGCGUGGUACGGUCAUCAUCCGAGCACGAGGGUGCGAUUGCGCUGUUUGUGAACGUGAGUCCGGUACGCCACAGAAUGUGCGGCGCAGAGAUCUGUGCGGCUGGCAAGGGCCAAGCCCACGGCGCCGUCGGUUCCCGUGCGGCCUCUCGCAAUGGCGGAGUCGGACCACUGGGUCCGCUCCGCCAACAACGUCGACACCACCAGUCCCCGCCCGCCUUCCCCACCCCGCGUCACUCUGCCGACCUUUCGUCGCCGGUCCCAUCUCCGCACGCUUUCGUGCGCUCUGCGGCCGCAAUGGAGCCGUCUCGCCCUUUCUGGCUCGAGGCCACUGGUGCAGCGGGGUCCGCGUGCGUCGUCCUUGCGUCGGAGGACGAGCUCGGGAGCGACGCGAUGGGCCGGACGCAGCUCGACGCCGACAGCGACGGAUCCCACCCCGUCGUCCACCGCCGCCAAGGUGAUCAAGCAGCGGUGGAUCCACAGGAUCCACCCCGAGCGCAGAGUCUGCGGUGUCCGCGCACAGCCAGAGACGACAUGCUCGCAUCCGCGGGUGCACCCUACUGCGCGCUGUCGACUGUGCCUCCCCCCCCAUGCGUCGUACGCCGUGCGGGAAACGAUCACCGCGUCGCCGUGUCACGCCGCUGUCCUGGGGCCUCCGCCGUUGGUGCCCUGGGUGUGAGCGCGGUCUUGCGAUGGUGGCCCCAUCUGUCUCCCUGCUCUGGCGUGGUAUGGACCGUCGCUGCUUCCCUGCAGCUCUCCAGCCACAUCGAUCGUGAUCGCACCCGGUGCGAAUCCAUGUGCUCUCCUCUCAGUCCGUCUCCUUCCCAGGCCGGCGAACUGGGUGGGUCCACGGACCACGAACGCAAACGGCAGCUCGGCGAUCUCAGCAUCUGGGCCGCAGCUUGA